GGAGCUGUGAGGGAGAGGGACACAGAUUCCUUCUAACGGAGAAGCACGAAAAGGGAAACGGGCGAGAAACAUGAGUCGAAAUCGCCCUUGUGAAGGUUUCCACCUUGAAGAAUUAAAACAAUUAUCCCUAAAUUGUGAGAAGGACAUGUAAAGGAGGCCGUUUAAUGUGAGAAAAGAGAGCGGAAGCAGACAGAAGAAGAGGCGCGUCAUGAAGCUAUGUACGUCGUCUGACAACAAGCUCAGGAACUUUACCGGAUCUGCUUUCUUUACUUCUUUGACACGACUUUAAAGUUUUGCUUUGUUGUUGUUCUGACGCUGUUAGUAUUUUGUUUUAGUGGGAUUACCUCAGAGGCUGACAUUUUUCUGGAUCGAGUUCUGCUUUGGUGAACAGAGGGGACUGUGGGAGUUUGAAAGUACAAUGCAGGCCCACAGCGGCUUAUUUUUUCUAUUUCUUCAACACGGAUACUGGAUCUAAACUUUUGUUCCCGGAUUUAUUCCCUUGCAUUCCCCCCAACGGAAAACAGUACACUGUCCCUGUUUGUAUUGGUGCGUCAUUUUGUUCCUGUUAGCCCGUGAGUGUGGAUCUCUAGCCAGCAGAACUUUCUCUGGAGCUGCACGUCUCUCUGAAAUCAACACGUUGCACUGGAACUGUUUGUUUACAUGUGUCUGUGCAUUUGAUUGUUGUAACAGAGGCAUCCCGUCCAGUGUAUGGGGAUUACAUUAUUGUCUGGCCUUUUAAAAGGGCUCCUUUUCACCCUGGCAGAGGCCAGCCACCUUCUGCUGUAGGCGGGUGAAGGGGAGGCUCCUGAAGCUGGCUGGACAGGCUCUGUGACAUUGGCAGCGGAGGGCUUUGUGUGUCACUGGAUUAAUCUGAGUGGUAACAUCACUCUACACUGCCCUACUCUGUCCAGUGACCAGUCCCCCUGAAAGCGCCCGUAAUUGGAGCUAUAUUUAGCUUAAGGGAUGGGGUAAAAGCGGUCAACUGGAAACCCAACUCCCCUCCACCUCCUUCUCUUCCUAUAACACUACCUCGCCCAGCCCACCUGUCAGCAUGCUGGGCGAGCCUGGUUAGCACACACUUGACUUUCAGCUAGUUAAUGUGUUUUACUAGUAGUGUGGGAGAAUAACAAGUGGAUUCACUUAUUCUGCUGAAUAACAUGAGAUCUGUUGGGAAUUUACUGACCAGAGAAUACUAGCUGUACUGUAUUCCCCUGGUUAAGGAUUUACUGGACACACAAACCUGUACUGGAUUACUAUUAAGAUGUCUGAAGAACUAUUAGCUGUGUACUUUUGGUUCGAAUGGCUAGGGCUUAGUAAACCUAUCAUAAGCGACUAGAGUUUAUGCCUUUACCCCUCAAACAUUUAGCUCAAACUAUUCAUUAUAGUGGCUACUUGUUCACAAACUGUAAGAAAGGUCUACUUUUGACUUCUUCAAAUAAAAGUCACCAGCCACCUGGAGCACUACAAAUCUCCAGCACACAGAAAGAAUGCAUGAAACUGCCGAAACCAACAAAACACAAAGCUAACCUGACUAACCAAAUAUUCUAUAUUUCCCCAUUCCCCAAACCUACAGAGGAAAAUAAUAUAUAUGUAAAAUGAGAGAUCUAUAUCUAUAGUUAACUCCACAGAAGAAAGAGAUUACAUCCUUUAUAUUUUUACUUCAGAGAGACAAGCUGCCUGUACACCAGUUGGUUGCCUUAGAAACCACAGUCACAAAAAAAAGAAACAAGCCAGAGAAGACGGUGCCUUUUGAUUGGUUGGUCGGUUUCCCACCAUUUCAACAUUCAUUGAUUUAGUUGGAUGUAAACUGUUGAAACGAACUCUGGGAUUGAAGACACGUCUCAUGAGGGACUAAACCCCCACACGCCCACCUGUCAAAGUGUUUUGAUUGACAGUUUUUCCCUGCUGGAUUGAACUAUUGCCAAGCAUUUCCAUGGUGAUCACAUCAUCAUCAUCAUCUGUGGAGGACAAGCCUGUGCCCUCUUGCAGGAUGGUCCAAACAGAACCCUGGAUCGCCACCGGCCUGCUGCGCAAGAACAAGAGUGUUAGCAGCUCAGGAUGUCCGCCCACCUCCUCCUCCUCCUCCUCCUCCUCCUCCUCCUCCUCCACUGCCCAGGGAUUCUCCCUCGCUGAGCCAGCCAUGACCAGCCAGCACACACAUACACACCCCUCCUUCAGCUCCAUCCACUCCAUGGCCGAGCAGCAGCAGGUGCUGUCUGAUAUGACCAUACUCCAGCGGAGGAUCCCCCCCAGUUUCAGAGACCCUGCCAGCGCACCACUGAGGAAACUCUCUGUUGACCUCAUCAAAACUUACAAGCACAUCAAUGAGGUGUACUAUACUAAGAAGAAGCGACGGGCCCAGCAGGUCCCUCCAGAGGACAGCAGCACCAAGAAGGAGAGGAAAGUCUACAACGACGGCUAUGACGACGACAACUACGACUACAUUGUCAAAAAUGGAGAAAAGUGGCUGGACCGCUAUGAGAUAGACUCGCUGAUCGGGAAGGGCUCCUUCGGACAGGUGGUGAAGGCCUACGACCACCAUGAGCAGGAAUGGGUCGCCAUUAAGAUCAUCAAGAACAAGAAGGCAUUUCUAAACCAGGCUCAGAUUGAACUACGCCUGCUGGAGCUCAUGAACAAGCAUGACACUGAGAUGAAAUAUUACAUAGUCCACCUGAAGCGUCACUUUAUGUUUAGGAACCAUCUCUGUUUGGUGUUUGAGUUGUUGAGCUACAACCUGUACGAUCUGCUGAGGAACACCAACUUCAGAGGCGUCUCCCUCAACCUCACCAGGAAGUUUGCACAGCAGCUGUGUACAGCAUUAUUAUUCCUGGCCACUCCAGAGCUGUCAAUCAUCCACUGCGACCUGAAGCCUGAGAACAUCCUGCUGUGUAACCCCAAGAGAUCUGCCAUCAAGAUUGUGGACUUUGGAUCCUCUUGCCAGUUGGGGCAGAGGAUCUACCAGUACAUCCAGAGCAGGUUCUACCGCUCUCCGGAGGUGCUGCUGGGCAUGCCCUACGACCUGGCCAUCGACAUGUGGUCUCUGGGCUGCAUCCUGGUGGAGAUGCACACAGGAGAGCCUCUGUUCAGCGGCUCCAACGAGGUGGACCAGAUGAAUAAGAUUGUGGAGGUGUUGGGGGUUCCACCCGCCCACAUGCUUGACACGGCCCCUAAAGCCAGGAAGUAUUUUGACAAGCUGUCAGAUGGCCUGUGGACAGUGAAGAAGAACAAGGACAUCAAGAAGGAGUAUAAGCCCCCGGCCACGCGGCGUCUUCAUGAGAUUUUGGGUGUGGAGACUGGAGGCCCAGGGGGCCGCAGGGCAGGGGAGCCGGGACACGCCCCCUGCGACUACCUGAAGUUUAAAGAUCUGAUCCUGCGCAUGCUGGACUAUGACCCAAAAAGCCGCAUCACGCCAUUCUACGCCCUGCAGCACAAUUUCUUCAAGAAGACGACAGAUGAAGGAACCAACACCAGUUCAUCAACGUCCACCUCUCCUGCCAUGGACCACUCCCAUUCAACCUCCACUACUAGCUCUGUUUCUAGCUCUGGUGGCUCCAGUGGUUCUUCCAAUGACAACCGCAACUACCGCUACAGUAACCGCUACUACAACUCUGCUGUUACCCACUCAGACUAUGAGAUGACCAGCCCUCAGGCUCCCUCCCAGCAGCAGAUGAGGAUGUGGCCCGGCAGUGAUGGUGGAGGUGGGGGUCAGGACCCAGCAUACACCCAGUUGCUGCUCCACAAGCCGGCUGCCUCCCAACAGCACCAGCGCCACUUCCUGGACGCGCCCCACCACCCGCACCCGACCUACUCCCACCACGGGAACGGUGGGCGUGGCCUGCGGCAGGGCGGACAGACGGGCAUCGGUGGAGUAGGGGGCCAGCAGGGAUCCCCGCCCCAGAUGAGUGACAGCAUGGAUGUGGGCGUGUCCCUAGGGCUGCACCACCUGGGGGCGGUGUCUUCCAUGGAGGCCUCUCAGUUCGGCUCGGCCUCCCUGCCCCUCGCUCUGCCAAUCGGACUGUCUGCCUUCCGGACUCGGACGGCCCCCACCGCCCCAGGGCCACAAGCCCCGCCCCCUGAGGACUACUACCCUGCGUCCAACAACAAUAACCCCGCUGGGGGGGGCAGAGGGAGGCCGGACUCAGACGAGGGGCCAGCCAACUCUUGAUAAAACCUGAACCAUGCCCUAAAGCCAUACAAUUUUAACUACAACUACUACAACUACACACACAGCCAGAGUUCAGAGACAAAGAGGUGAACUUUGUGCUGCAGGAGACAGUCUGUACUGCAUGAGAGGAGGAGGAGGAGGAGGGGGAGGAGGAGAGGGAGAGGAGGAACAGGAAGAGGAGGAGGAGGAUGCUGGGAGAACUCUCCUUUCAUCCCGUUUUAGUUUUUUGUCUUUUGUUGCGACUGUAAUUGGAAAGGAAUGAUUGUGACAAGUUUGUUUUUAUUAAUAUUAUUAUUAUUGUUGUUUAAUAUUAUUUGAUUUUUUCUCGGGUUUGAGGAGUUGUGUGUUCUACUUGGUUGUUGUUUAAGCCUGGAGAGGAGGAGGGGGAGGAGGACGAAGAGGAAGAGAGGAGCCAUGCUUUUCGAUUUGAUCUCCAUUCAGAUCACCUGUUAGUUCCGGCAUUACAGUUUUUCAUAUUAACAGUCAACACACACACACACACACACACACACACACACACACACACACACACACACACACACACACACACACACACACACACACACACACACACACACACACACACACACACACACACACACACACACACACACACUGUUGCAUCAAGAAGGUAGAGGCUGGUGUGAAGGGAGGAGACGGCACCACGUGUGGUUUAGGACUCAUGGAUGGCCUCUGUGCUGAACUCUUUUUCUCCACGUUUCUCUGCUGCUCCCCCCCGGCUGUGGCAGAGGACGGAGAGAGGGAGGGCGGUGGAGGGAGGAGAAGGUGGCGGGACACUCGUAGGGAUCUCCUUCUCCUCCUAGUCCCCCCCCCCCGUCCCUGCCCUGCUUUCUUCUUUCUCUCCUCCUCCUCCUGUUGUUUCUCCUCCAGACAGCUCCUCCUCUCUGUGCUGCUAAUCACCAUGACAACUGGUCCGGAUUGCUGCUAAAGAUCCAACACAGAUCAAUAAAGAAAUAAAAAGAAAUAGAAACAGAAAUUUAAAAAAAAACUUUUUAACCCUUCUGCUUAAGAGAAAAGGAUAAAGUAAGAACCACUGCAUCUCAAUGUAUUUAUUACUAUUUAACAAGAAAAAACAAACUGAAAGUAACCCUUUUUUCUGCUCUUCUUUGUUUGGUUGCCUUCUUUCUGCAGGUGAGCUCUGAUUGGCUAUUGUAACAGUGACAGUAACUGGUGACAUGGGAAUGCCACCGGUUGUGGGGGCUGGGUGGAGGGGAGGGGUUUGGGGCAAAAUAAAGUUGGAUAUAUAAUAAGAAUAAAGAGUAUACUUUUGCACACCAAAGUUAAACAAACAUCAGAUC